UUUGGCAGCGGACACAACAACAAUCGCUGUCCGCGCUUCACCGCGGCACUUUUUCCUAGCCGAGUCAGCCGCACGGAUCAGCAUCAUCUUCUCGAGCAGUCCUACUGUCGACGUAGCAGUUACACGAGCGGAGGGACGCGUACUGCUGCCCCUGUGUGGAAAAAUCUCUCGUGUCGUGAUGCAGUACGUCCCACUCUCUUCUCUCGUCAGACUCAACCGCGCUGCUGCCCCCCGCGACACCUUCCUUGGAGCUGCAGCCCACCGACUGGAGGACUAUAAUAUAGAGCUGCACCUUUUUCAGAGAGCUGUAUUAUAUUGUGGGCCGCAACGACGGUUGGAGACUCGCGAAAGAGUAUAGAGUACAGAGGUAGAAGAGUAGGAGACUGACGUUGGUCGUGGGACCUUGAAACUGUGACGAUCGAGAUCUACGUUUGGACGUGACGCUGGAUAGGUGCUGCCCGUGAGAACUGACUCGCGGUUGGCCACUACACUUUAUAAGUAGGGGAAUCGAGAUAUUAUACGAGAGUCGGAGACGAGAGAGUCGUAACUCGUACGUGCCGCUGCUCUUGCUAUACUUACUUCGAGGGAUUUUGAAUGCAGCCGUUGCGCGAAUUUUUUCCACUUUUUUUUUCGGGGCGAAGUAAUAAGUACUGCAUAUACUUAGAGUUAGAAGGAUGAGCAAGUUUUUUACUCUUUGUGUUGUUGAUCGUUGAUGCGUUGUCAAAAGAAUUACCUACUAUAUUUUAUUGUUAUCUUUUUUUUUGUAUUUUGGUAAACGGAAAUUAAUUUUGACUAAUAUGAACGUUAAUAAUUUUGUAGAGAUUUAGGCAUGUUUUGAUUUGUACCUACCUGUACAUAGACAUGGGGUUGUUAUGCGAUAUUAGGUAUUGCCGAAAAAGAAAAGCAAAGAUUCGACGAGCCAAUCAUCCGCUUAUCACGCAUAGCAUGAAAAGUUUUAGGUUAUGCAAAUGCUUUCUGCUUUUUUUGUUGCUUAUUGUAACCUCAUAUGUGUAGCGGUAAGCAGACUACUGCAAACCAGCUGAUUCGGUCUGACAGCUGAUCAUUGAUACCUACCUAUACGUAAUUAUAUCUGUUAUUCUGUGUAUACCCGCAUUUGUAUCGUAAUGAUAAUUUAAGUUUGUUUGAACAAUCGCUGUAAUUCAUUUGUUUACAAUUUUCCACGAGAUCAUGAUGAUACCGAACCGUGUUUUGAAGUGCCUUUUGACUCCGAUUUUUCGGAGCUUGCAAAAAAAUGCUCCACAACGUUGUUGUUUCAGUUAUGUUCAGGGACAAAGCCCGGAACCGCGAGUCAGAGAGUAUUUUUAUUACAUAGAUCACCAAGGAAUGCUUUUCUUAGAUGAUACCCGUAUUAAAAAUUUCACAUCAUGUUUUAAAGAUAAGAAGUUUUUGCAAUUUUUUUUCAAGAGGCUCAGAAAAAAUAAUACCGAGAGAUAUAGAGAGUUUCCUUUUUUGUCGCUGUGUGGUAGGGAGCGUAAUUUUGUAAGGUGCGAUGAUCUUCCUAUAGUUUUCACUCACAUACUACAAAAAGUAAAUAAAGAAACUGGUGAAAAAGAAGAUCACUUCAGUUACAAUCACGCACAUGAACUAUUGAUGCUUCCAUUUCAACCAAAUAAAAUUUUUAUGAGUCCAGACACUGGAAGAGUAUAUCAUCCUGGUCCAGAAAUCACUGGCGGCAUAGGUCUAGUCAAGUCAAGUUUAGCAAUUGAGUUUAGUUCACUUUUUGAUUUUGAACAUGGUGAAGAAAAUGGUCCUACACAUUUUCUUUGGCAAGGUAAAAAAUAUAACUUGGAUUUAGAAUGGUAUAAAGAAAAAAUACCCAAUGAAACCUAACGAGUGUAAAUGAUACAUGAUUAUAAGAACUGAAUUCUUACAUUUCACUGUACAUAAAUAUACUGUAAAAUUGUUUAACAAUUAAGUUUUUUAUUUUUUAUAUACCCAUUAUUAAAACUGUUAAACUGAAAAACUAUAAAAUGUAUUUAUUUCUUAUCAAGGCGAUUUUAAUUUGCUGAAAUUCACAGGUUCUAAGAAAUUAAACUAAACAUUACUAAAA